AUGUCUGAUGAACAAACCAAGGUCAAACAGGAAAAUAAGUUUCCAACUGACAAUGAAACUGCUCUGCUGCAGUCAAUGAAUUCCAACACUGAUUUUAGAUCGGAUGGUCAAAACAUUAGCAACAAUGCUAAUAUUGAAAACAAUAAAUCGUCUUCAACAACAGCAGCAGCAGCAGCAGCAGCAGCAGCCACAACUGCAAAACCUACAAUUGCUGGUCAAUCAGAUUCCAAUGAUUCGACACAGCUUGAUACUGAAAACAAAGAUCCGAGCAAAGAAACCCCUCCACCACCACCAACAGCAAAUACAACAGCAACAGCAAAAGCCAGUUCAGGGAACAGCAAGGCUGAAAAACCAAAGGCGUUUACUAUCAAAUACAAAAGACCAAGAGGAUCCAGAGCGUGUACUGUUUGUCGAUCACGAAAAGUAAGAUGCGAUGCAGAAAUUCACAUUCCUUGCACAAACUGUAUCACGUUUGGAUGCGAUUGUGUCUUGCCAGAAGUUAAGAAAAGAGGAAACCAGUCGGGUGAAUCUAAAGCAAAGAAACAGAAGCUAGCAGCAGCAGCAGCCGCCGCAGCCGCAGCAGCAGCAGCCGCCGCAGCCGCAGCAGCAACAGAGACCUCAUCAACAACUCCAGUCUCUGCUUCAUAUACCGAUGAGACAAAAGCUAAAGUUAAAGCUAAAAUUAGAACAAGCAAAGAAGGCAAUACCAACCGAAAGAUAAAUGGCGGAGAGGAUACAACUACAAAAUCAGCUUUUCAGCAGUCGCCUAUUUCAUCAACAACGCCAGCAUUUGCAACAAAUAAAUCUCCGGAAUUGACAAAAACAAAGAAGGAACUGUUUACCGCAACACCAGAAAAGCAAUUGCUCCCUGAACCACCAACUCAACCUAGAACUCAAGCUGCCAAUCACAACCAUUAUAACCACCACAACCACCACAACCACCACAAUCACCAACACCAUACCCACCACAACCAGAAUAGCCAUAAACUGCCUAUUCAUAGCGAACCAAUUUUAAACAUAUCGCAAGUGAGUAUCCCUCCCUCUUUGACAUCUACAUAUAAGAACAGACCUUCAAUGCACAAAAAAGAAUUGAUGAGCUCCAAAAGCAAACCGUCAAUGACUUUUCUUGGCUCGUCCUCGGUAGGUGUAAUUCCUCAAAAUGCUGGAGAAAACCACGUUCAGUUGACCGAAGACAUUUUUGAUGUCUCGGACACGGGGCUUGAUUCAGUGGAGUUGGAGAUUUUAAAAUUGAGAGGGGCUUUUCUACUUCCCAGUAAAGAGCUAGCAAUGGACCUUAUCAAUGCCUACUUCCAGCACGUCCAUCCAUUGAUGCCCGUGAUUAAUAGAAGUUUGUUUAUGAAAAAAUUUAAUGAUCCAAACGAUAACCCGAGCUUGAUGGUGUUGCAUGCAGUGCUAUUAUGCGGUAGUAGAGUCUCCAAGAAUCCAUUACUACUCGACUCUAAUGGAUCCACAAACUUGGCUAGUUUGACUUUUUUCAGAAGAGCAAAGGCUCUAUACGAGAUGAAUUAUGAAAGUGAUCCCGUUUCAAUCAUACAAACGGUCAUUCUAAUUGGUUCGUAUUGGGAUGGGCCAGAGGAUGUGACCAAAAACUCAUUCUAUUGGACUAGAGUAGCAGUGGGUUUAGCUCAAGGUUUUGGAUUUCAACGCGAUGUUACCGAGUCCAAAAAUUUAACAAUCUCGGAAAAAAGACUAUGGAGGAAAAUAUGGUGGUGUCUAUUUGAAAAAGACCGCAAUGUUGCUAUUGCCUUUGGUAGACCCGUAGUGAUUGAUCUAAGCGAUUGUGAUGUCCCAAUGUUAUCAUUAGAGGACUUUGAUGAAACAGAUCCCGAAUUGGGCAUCACAGAGCCAUAUCCAGUAAACGAAACACAUGCAUUGUACUUUAUCCAUUUAAUCAAAUUGGCUGAGAUAACGGGUAUCAUCAUUAAGCACCAGUACAGCGUUAAACUGGAAAUGACUAAAAGAAGAAAUGCAUUCUCCAUUAUUGAGCAUUGUGACAUGUUGAUGGGUAUUUGGUUUACGAAUUUGCCCCCUCAGUUGUCUUUUUCCCUUGCAGAUAGCUCAUCACAAAAUUUCUAUGCAUGUUUAUUAAAUGCUCAAUAUUACAAUAGAUUGUUUUUGAUCCAUAGAUCAAACUUGAUCAGAAUGGCCAAAUCAUCUUCAACAAAUCCGAAUAAUUACAAGUAUCCAAGUUGGGGUAUUAGUUUCCAAUCAGCCAGAAUGAUUUCGAUAAUUUCCAAAAUCUUGUUGGAUAGAGACUUGCUAAAAUACGUGCCAACAAUGUACGUCUACAUUGCUUUCAGUGCGCUUAUCAUGCUUAUAUAUCACGUUGAUUCGAACAAUGCGGUAAUUGCAUCCACCGCCAGCGACUCCUUAUUUGUCUCGCGCUCGGUUUUGAAGAAACUUUCCUUGUACUGGCCAAUUGCUGGUGUAUUGAUCAAACUUUUUGAUAAAUAUGCCAACGACAAGAUGAAGCGUGCAAGUGUUAUUGAAAAUGGUUCCAGAAUGGCUGAUUACCAGGAAAAAGUUGCCAAUGAAAAGCAGGGUAUGGGUCAAACAGGAUUGUAUGAUAAUAUGGACACGCGUGGAUAUUCUCAAGCUUUGCAACCUCAACCACUCCUUCCAAAUCACCAACAAAAUCAACAAAGCCCCCAACAACAAAAUACUCAACAGAAUACUCAGCAAAACCUUCAACAUCGCUCCUUUGUUCAGCAGCAACAACAACAACAUAUUUCCCAAAUCCAGCAAAGACAUUCGCCCGUCAAUGCCAAGUACUCUCCCGGAUCAACAACUUCGGGCAUCUCACCAGGUGGGAACUCAUAUAAUGAUUACCAAAACCCACAACCUCUUCCAGUACCACCUGUUGCAGCACCAAUUCCCUCUUCUGCCUCAGCUAUGUCAUCAUCAGGUAUCGCUGCUGCCGGACCGUCUUUGUCUCCAAAUACCGUACCACAACUGCACUCUCGAGCUCCAAUUCCACCGCAUACAUACUCCAAUGUUCCAUCUGUUUCACCUCGUAUAAGCAACUCAAGAACGCCACAAAUAGAGCAAUUGAUACAACAAUAUAAGGUCCCCAUGAAGAAAGCCAAGGACGAGGAGAGAAAUGGUGGGAGUGGAGGUAUAGGCGACGGUAAUGGGAAAGGAGAAGUAGGAAGAAGAGAGAAUGAGAACAAGACGAAUGAUACAUCUCCAUCAUCAUCAUCGAUGAAAUCAUUUCCUGAUAUAUCGUUGGUCACGGAGAAUAUUCCUAAUAAGCAGACAUUUUUUGAAAAUUUUGAGCCAACGCAAUUGUUUCCUACAUUUAGUAUCCCUCCAACGAGAGCACAGUCUCCAAGUGCCGAAGGAGCAUCUGGGUUGCAAAACGCUACGUCUGCAGUAACUUCACAAGUCAAGGAUCCACAUGAUGCAAACAUCCCUCCCAACGAACAAGCUUCCCAAUCCAAUCAAUUCAACCAACCUGCUCAAGAGGAUGGUUUAUUGAAUUCCGGAACCAGUGGAUUACAGACUAAUUUCGUGGACUCUUCAUAUAUAAAUAUGAACUUGCAAUCUGGUAUUGAUAUGAACGACGACUUUAGCUCUUUUUUCAAUUUUAUAAAUUGA